AUGACAAUGAACGAUCAGGAUGAUUCUCAGAUGGAUCUAACGCUGGAGAAUGAUGUAUCGAAAGGAAUGAGAAGCAUACUGAAAAUGAGCUUUAGUCAACCUACUUUACCUGCCAGUACGAGUACAAGGACCCAUGAUCAAACAGAACCAAUACUACAAUCUUUCUCACAACCAGAACUGCUAUCUCAUUCCAACAACACAACAUCAAAAUUGAGUGUUACUAGACCUCAGUCAGGAAAAAUAAACCGUAGGGUUUCCUUUGCGCCCGAUGUGACUUUACAUAGGUUUGAAUCUGUUCCGCAACGAGCUUUAAAUAAGAAUGAUCCUCUUACAAAUGAUACAUCAAUAAUGGAUUUCACACAACCGACUCCUAUUUAUGAAUUUAACAAAGAUACGAAGUCCUCAAAUGACAUGGAUGAAUCGUUAGAUAUGACGGAGAUACAAAUUAAAAACAAUACGAAUAACGAAGAUGAAGAGUCAGUGGAACUUACAGAGAGACAGGAGCAACUAACACCGAUCAUGAUUGCAGUGGAUUCUGCUAAAAGUUACAUCCCUCAGAUGGAUCUUCGUAAGGGAAAUAUUUUACCAAACAACGAAUCUGAAGAUGACAACGCCAACGAUGAGGAACCCAUGGAAUUGACAGAGGUGGUCAAUUUUAAUGAUAAUGUUGAUUUAAGUCAAAUAGAUAAAUCAACAACCAAUGAAGAAAGUAUAACAGGUUAUAAGAGUAUUCAAGGAUCUAAGCUAAUGGAUUUUACACAAAUUUCAUCUGAAUCUCUCAACAAAAUUACAGAUUCGCAAUCUAUGGAUUUUACUCAGAUAUACAAUCCACAGAAUAGUAAGAAAACAGACAACGUUGAAUCACAACCAAUGGAACUAACACAAGUUAUUCAUAGCAGUUCCAAACAAAAUGAAACAAAAACUAGUAAAAAAUACCCAUUAUCAACUCUUCCAAAGUUGCUCGCCACUUCGGGAGAUGAUUCAAAGUCCUCAAAGGACAUUGCCCCUCAACCUAAUCAUACUGGAACAUCGUUAAAUUCUACUCUGUCUAGUGAUACUGACUCCAACAGAAAUAUUGUAAAGGAAAAGGACACUGCUCAAUCUAACUUAGAAUCGAAAAUUCCUCCUCCAAGUAGUAUACCAAGGAUAAUUAGGAAAAGAAAAAAUUUAGAAGAUCCAAUUACACCUGUAGUUAAUAUUCAAGAAGAACUGACCAACAAAAAACCAAACACGGCGAACACUGAAUCAAAUAUCGAAGAAAUGGAAAAAAUGUCACCCAUAAAGAUAACUCAACUUAAUGAAUCUGAUAAAGAAAAUCUGAAUCAAAAGUCUGAUUAUUCUCUAAAAACGUUUAUUAAAGAUACUGAUGUAGGAUUUUUGACAGAUAUAAAUAUUCUUAAACAGGAUGUAAAAGCUAUCCCAUUCCCCAUAAUUACACAAACAGAAGAUUCAGUUUUUAAAGCUCAAAGCUUAUGCAAUGCUUUAUACAAUGAUAUACCAAUGGUCCAGAUGAACACAUUUAUUAUAAAAGAGUUACUCUCAAUUGGUUCUCAAUCAUCAAUAUCUUUCGAAAAUCUUGAUCAACAAAUUAAAAAUUCUUCUAAUCCUCCUUUACUAUUGCAGGAUUAUUUUAAUUCUGAUGAUAGGACCAAAGAAACAAUGAAAGAACAACUUCAAUUGAUCAAAUACUUUGCAAAAUUGAACGCUAAAAAGUCGUUCAGUGAAUGGUAUCUAUCACAGUUGAAAAAUUUGAAAAACGUGCUUCUCGAAAAUGAAACACUGUUAGAACAAGAAUAUCAAAAGAUUAGAAGUACACUUGAAGAUAUCAAAUUGAUUCAUUCAAAUGUAGGUAAUAUUAAGAAUUUAUUAAAGGCAGAAUUACAAGCUAUCAAAACUUCUUCGACAAAAGAACAAGGUGAUGAUUUUAAUUUAUCUCAAAAAAUCCAUUUAACUUGGCUGAAGCAAGAACUUCAACGAAAUAAGUUAUCAAUUGAACAGUAUCCAAAAUUGUGUGACCAGGAAGAAAAAUUAGCUAGCGCAAUAGUAGUAAAUCAAACCAAACUAAGAAAUUUGAAAGAUGACAUUAUGUCAAAGGUGGACCAUGGUAUAGAUAAUAUAGAGAUCAUCCCACAACUCAAUGGGUCACAAAAUAUGUUACAUAUAUUAGAGAGUUUAACAGGUAUAGAUGUUUUGGAGUUCAAGAAUUCUAUAUUAUCAUUGAAAUUACAGGAUAUAUCCAAUUCAAUAAUACAUGUGAACUUAGAUUUGGAAGAUGAAAACAUCAUCACUGUUGAUUCGGAACUUAAGUCCAAUAAAUUACUCCCAUUCAUUAUUGAUCUUUUAUCAACUGAAGGUAAAGCUACCAAUAACGUCAAAACUCUUGAUAACAUCUGUCACCUAAUAAACAACAUAAGAAACAUGACAAAAGUGUUUAAAGAAUUCGAAUUCCUUGACACAUUAUUCCUUACCAAAAUUACCAAUGACAGUGCGAUUCAAUUUUUUGAUUACAAUACUUCAUUAAAUGAAGAAAUUAUAUUCGAAAUAGAUAUAAGCGCGUUUGUGCAAGUCGUGAUGACCAAUAAUAACAAAGUGACACUGACGGCACAAACAGUCAAUGGAGAGACACUGGAAACAUCGGAUAUUAUGUCACGUCUUACUUCCAAAACUCAGAAAAUAUUGCCUUGGUUUAAUGAAGACCGCAUAAAAAUCAUUUUAAAAUAA